GGGCUUCGGCACGUCUCGCGCGGCACGCGGUUGCCAUGGUAAUGAGCGCCUAAAGCGGAGUGUUGGUUUUGUGAGUCGCUAGGGUUACUGGGCCCCAAGGCCGCCGGCUGGGGCGGCGGGGUCACCUAUGGGCCUGUCCAGAAGCAAACCCAGAGAGAAGAAAGUCGAGGAGCAAAAGAAGAACUCUACCAGUUUUGUUACAAAGUCUAAGGAGAAAGUAAUGGAGAAGGAGUCCAAGCAUUCUGACAAGGAAGCCUUGAAUCAGCCUGCCGACAGCCUGCUGUUCGGGUCAGGGACAGCCAAGCACUCAAGGCCUUCCUCUUCCUCCGAAGACAAACAUGAUACAAAACUAAAGUCGAGCAAGAAGAGAAGUGUCAUUCCGAAGAUCAUCGUCACUCGAGCCUCAAAUGAGACGCUAAUCAGCUAUGAUCUCCCCGACAGUGAAGAUCAGAGAACUAUUCAGGAACAUGCCGAUUGGGGCCCUUACUACCGACACAGGAGCCCCAGCACGAUAGCAGCCUAUAAUGAACACCACACAGAAUAAACGAGAGCUCCCGCUAGCUGUGACUGUUUACUGUGAUCUGAGUGUCAGCUAGGCUGACAGAGGGUCACCCUUCCCCGUGCUAGUGCUGAACGCCCUUCUCCAGUCUUGGGAGUUCUGUCGCAGUGACUGUUCUAGUUUUCCCAAAGUCAGCGGCAGCUUGAUGGGGAGAGAGUGGCUGGCUCAGAGAGUCAGUCUGGAGGACCUGAAGGUCUGACUAGCCUGUGUGUUGGGAACAGCCAGGUCUGCAGUGGUAGACAUCAGGCAGCAGCUCACACCGUGACUCGGGUGGGCAUUUAAAAUCCUCUCUGCUCAUUUGCUCCUGGAGGUGUGUGGUGGAAGCACUUGGAAGUUAGUAAAUGACAGGCCCCCAGGUCUGGGGAAAGGCCAGUCUGAGAACUAAGUGUUCUGUUUAAGAGCAGAGAGGCCUCAGGGCUGGUGGGAUCCUAGCUUGGCUGUCUGUAUUAAAGACUCAAAAGAAUGUAGUGUGUCCUUGAUCUGAGGAGGGCAGCAGGGCACUUAGGACUUUUGUUGUACCCAUUUCUCAAAAUUCC